AUGCAGUUUGUGGACCUGGCCGGGACCGGGGCGGCAUCCCUGGCUCAUAAAUCAAUGAAUUCAUUACUCCCUGGACUGCCGAAACAGCGGAAGAUUAAGAAGUUUACGAUGACCAAAUAUACAAUCUAUGAGACGAGUAAGAGGAUGUAUAUUGUAGGAAGCAACAAGCGUGAGACUAUGUUUCGGAUCCUUGAAAUCGACCUCACGAAGCCGAAGGAUGUGUUGCUUGUAGUGGAAGACAACGUCUUCUUCACGCGAGGCGACGUGAUGAAGAUCCUGCGGAAUAUUGAGGAGUCCGAGAAAGACGGCCUGAACAAGAAACUGACCGGGCACGGGCUUCUGGGGUUUAUACGAUUCACGGACUGCUACUACCUGGUGGUUGUGACCAACGUGAGCCAUGUGGCGGUAUUGGGUGGGCACUCGAUAUACCACAUCGACGACACGCAGCUGGUACCCAUAUCAACCUCUUACAAGAAACCCGAUGCGACAGAAGCGAGGUUUUUGGCUACAUUCCAAAACCUUGAUCUUUCACGCACAUUUUACUUCAGUUACACAUACGACGUGACCAACACAUUGCAGACAAACAUGCUACGCAGGAAGCUCGAAGGAGUGGGCAGAGAGGAUAUCGUAGUGCCAUCUGGGAUUCCGGAAUACAAUGAGAUGUUCUUGUGGAACACGCAUUUGCUGGAUGAAGUGAUUUCCUGCAUUGACACCGUCUAUGACUGGUUCCAGCCAAUAAUACAUGGCUUCAUAGACCAGGUGAACGUAUCCCUUGGGGGGAAGAGCAUAUUUGUGACACUGAUAGCAAGAAGGUCUCACCAUUUUGCCGGCGCUCGGUUCCUGAAACGUGGAGUCAGCAACCAUGGGUAUGUCGCGAAUGAGGUUGAAACAGAGCAGAUUGUAUCCGACAUGGUUCUCACCUCUUUUCACGCACCCGGCAACAUGUAUUACGAUAAUGACCGAUAUACUUCGUUUGUGCAGCACCGGGGAUCCAUCCCCCUUUUCUGGUCUCAGGAAGCCUCCAACUUGACCGCGAAGCCUCCAAUCGAGAUAAACGUAAUGGAUCCAUUUUACAGCGCUGCUGCGAAACAUUUUGAUAGCCUAUUCCAGCGAUACGGAGGGGGGCCGAUUCAGAUUCUGAAUUUGGUCAAAACCAAGGAGAAGAACCCUAGAGAAACAAAGCUACUGGUAGAAUUCGAGAAUUGCGUUAACUACCUGAACCACUUUUUACCGCAGGAUAAGAAGCUACAGUACACUUCCUGGGAUAUGAGCAGGGCCUCAAAAUCCCAUGGACAAGUUGUCAUUGAGUUUCUGGAAAGAUACGCGAGUCAAUCUCUGGAAACAACCGGCAUAUUUCACAAUGGACGCAACUUUGAGACUACCAGGACACAAGAGGGGGUGUGCCGGACAAAUUGCAUUGACUGUUUAGAUAGGACGAACGCUGCCCAGUUUGUGAUUGGAAAGCGCGCGCUGGGUGUUCAGCUUCACGCAUUGGGUAUCAUUGACAAUACUUACCUUGAGUACGAUUCAGAUAUUAUCGAUAUACUGACAGAGCUAUUUCAUGACCAUGGCGAUACAAUAGCUCUGCAAUACGGUGGUUCUCAUCUAGUUAAUACGAUGGAGACGUACCGCAAGAUUAACCAAUGGCGCUCUCAUUCCAGGGAUCUGAUAGAGAGCAUCAAGCGGUUCUACAGUAAUUCUUUUGUAGACGCUCAGCGUCAAGAAGCAACAAAUUUGUUUCUGGGACACUAUGUAUACCAGGAGGGACAGCCCAUGUUGUGGGAUAUGAAUACUGAUUUCUACCUGCACAACGUCUACAACAUUGGAGAGCCUAAACGGAGCUAUACCCAUUGGUGGAACGAGUUCCACAUACAGAGUAUUAGGGGGAUAAUUAAAACGGAAAUUGUGGACAGUCACAAUGAUAUUACCAAAGAAAAGUUGGCUAUGAAUGUUCGCGGAUAUCCUUCCUCGUAUGACAACUAUUGGAACGAGUACUAUAUGCCUCGUUUGCUAGUAUCGUUUCAAGAUCUCUUCGCUUACAAUAUGAACUCCACUAGACGCUACCACGAGGAAGAGAAGCAAAAGGAUCGUCUGCUUUCACCAUUUGUGUCGAAGAAACAAAGUUCACUUAACACCAAGCUAAGAGCCAUAACAACCAAGAACGCAAGUGCUAAACAAAAACCUGCAGAUAACUCUAAAAAGAAGCGCAACCAAGAGGACGAAUUUGACUUGUGUAAGUUGGAACUUUCCAAAGUGCUAACCAGGGCAAGGGGACUGGAAAAAAAGCUGGAUUCAGCGAUCCUCGACUUCAAUGGAACAGGUGGCCCUGAUGCUACAAGUAGCAGUGGCUACAUUUAUGACAAUUAUUUACCCCAUAGCGCGUGCUCGCCGGCUUUCUCCUCUACCCUGUCUGUCCACAACACCGACAGAGAAAUAUAUGAAAGAAGCGUCCGUAUGGACGCAUACACUCUUCUUGACGACUAUAAAACCUACUUUGAUACCCCCAUUUCUCUGAACUGUGACCAGCGCGCUCUUUAUGAAAGAACCUACCGGUACUUUGAACCCUUUUCAAAACUUUGA